AUGUCCGGUGCACAAGGACAUUGCGCCGUGUGCAAAGCCCCGCGACUCCAGUGCGUUGAGACGGUCAAGGCAAUCGCUUUGCACCCAUAUCCGUUUACUGUCGACAACGACCUGCUCACCCUCACGUUUAAGCUCAACGGUCACGACGUCAAGAAGGCGUUCUUGCCCACCAUCAAGGCCUGUGUCACUUCCGGCACGACGAUGCCCACCAGCACCGCAUGCAAACUGUAG